GGAGUCUAGUCUUGCAGACUCUGUCCUCCACCAGACCAGGAGGCUGUGCAGUGGAAAAUGUCUCAAUGCUCCUGAAUAACAGGCGGAUUAUGGUGCAAAUGCCACGUCUGAGCCACGUUCAGUGCUUACUUUCCACAUUGUACGACUCUUCUUGAGAGGAAAUAUAUGAGCGGUUUACUUGAAGCCACCUGAACUGAACCUGCAGAACCAUGAGCAAUCCACCGAGCCCUUCUCCAUCCAGAUGGUUCAGAGCGCUGCGCAGGACCAGGCUGGGGGAGCCGUGCAUGAAGACUUACCCACUGGAGUGUGUGGAUCUACUAAGAAGGGCUAGAGUUGCCUUUAAAGCUGGACGCACAAUCAAGGAAAGCUUCAGGCUGGCUCAACUGGAUGCUCUGGUGCGGAUGCUGGAGGAACAUGAGUGUGAUUUCGUGGAUGCUCUUGGAAGGGACCUGCAUAAGCCACGGUUUGAGACAGUUGUGUCAGAACUGAUCCUUGUCAAGAAUGAGGCCCUGUAUGCCAUCAACAACCUGAAAAAGUGGAUGCAGCCACAACACGUCGAAAGGAAUCUGUCCACCUCCCUGGAUGAGUGUCUGGUGAUCAGUGAGCCGCUGGGGGUAGUGUUCAUCAUGGGGACCUGGUGUAGUCCUGUCCAAAUGUGUCUGGUGCCGCUGGUGGGGGCCAUUGCAGCAGGAAACUGUGCAAUCAUCAGCCCGUCUGAGUACACCACUCACACAGCAGAACUUCUCCAUCGUCUCACACCUUCCUACCUGGACAAUGAAUGUUUCCAUGUGAUACUUGCCAGCACAAAUGACUUGCCUGAGGUUGUGGAACUAAAAUUUGAUCAUGUCUUCUUUACAGGAAACAGGGAGGAUGGAAACAAAAUCGCUCAGGUUGCAGCUCGCACACUUACACCUGUCACUCUAGUCUUGGGUGGCAAGAACCCCUGUUACGUGGACCAACAUUGUGACAUUUCCACCACCACACAGCGCAUUGCCUGGGCCCGUUUUCACAACGCAGGACAAAGCUUGGUGGCUCCUGACUACAUCCUGUGUCACACAGAGCUCAAAGCUCGGUUCGUCCAGGCCCUGAAGUGUUGCCUUAUGCAGUUCUAUGGUUCUGAUCCAAGAGAGUCUCGGAGUUUUGGUCGCAUGGUUAAUUUGGAGAUUUUCAACAAAACAAAAGACAUUUUGUGGAGAUCUGGAAAAGUGGCAGUGGGUGGGCAGGUGAUAGAAGGAGAGAAAUAUAUUGCCCCAACAAUUCUGACAGAGGUGGCAGAGUCAGACUCUAUCAUGCAACAGGAUGUUUUUGGCCCAGUUCUUCCUGUUCUCACUGUUGACAAUGUGGACGAGGCAAUAGCCUUCAUUAACAGACAUGAGAAACCCCUGUGCGUGUAUGCAUAUUCCAGCAACAGCAAGGUCAUCUCCAGACUAAUGUGUGAGACCUCUAGUGGAAGCUUUUGUUCCAAUGACAGUAUCCUGCAGAGUCUGAUGGUGGCUCUGCCUUUUGGAGGAGUUGGAGCCAGUGGAAUAGGCUCGUACCACGGGCGCUACAGCUUUGAUACCUUCUCUCACAAGAAGUCAUGCCUUCUAAGAAGCACACAUUUGGAGUGUGUCACAUACUUGCGUUAUCCACCCUAUGAAGAACGCAAUCUGUCUCUAAUGACAUGGGCCAGUACUCUGUCCCAGAGGAGCCAGGGCUGGUGCCAGAUCCUGUGACUGUGUGGGAGGGUGAUGACAGAGCCAUGUUGGAUGAAAAUCAAGCCCCCCACCCUGCCCACAGUGUCCUGAAUUGUCCAGACAUGCAAUCAUAUUGUUUCUUUAUUAAAAGAACAUAACAAAAAUCUGAGUCAUACAACCUCAUCUAACAAUGGACUGAAUAUUAUACAAAAUUAUGGAAUAAAAAUGUUGAUCAUCAGGAUUUAAUACAAAUUUGAACAAUACCUCAGCAGAAAAUUAAAUUACAAUAUACCAGUUUUUUGAAUGUGUAUGCAGUAACUGAAAAACCGAAAUUGUCUUUGCAAUGUAUUGUUAUGUUAUGCCAACAAAAACAACACUGGACCUUAUCAUUAUUUAUUAAAUACCCCAAGCAUAUAAAAAGCGAAGAGGUCUUUGUUUUAAUCCUCACUUGGAAAUCUGGUCAUUCGGGUCUCCUGUAGAUUGUCUCCUCAUUACCUUCUUUCAUGGCUGCAUAUCUGGCUACAGUGAACAGGUAGUCACUCAACCUGAAUGAAAAUAUUAUUAGGACAUAAGCACAUGUAUUGUGAAGGAGACAUAUUCUCAUACAGAGCUCUUGACUAACCUGUUCAAAAACUUAGCAACAUCUGGAUCUGCCUCCCCUGAGCGCACAAUUGGAGCAACACUGCAAUAAGAAUAUUAAAUGUCAGAACCAACUGUGAGUAAAUAAUGUAAAUGGGAAGUUUUAAGUGAUUCCGAAUAAAGACUAAAAUCAAAAACAAGUUAUCACUGACCUGCGUUCUGCUCUCCGACAGAUUGUCCGAGCCACGUGCAAAGCUGCACUGCUCUUCCCUCCAGACUGUGACACAUAAUGCACAAAUGUUAACCAUAGAUAGAACAUUUAAAAAUGACUUCAUAUUGAUGCAUAAGUUGUCUUACAGGUAAAAUGAAGUUGGUCAGUGGAGGAAGUUCCUCUGUAAAUUUAUCAAUCCAGCUCUCCAGGUCUGCAAUUGGCUGAUUGCUAAAUUUUGUUCUUUCUACAAAAAACAAACAAAAAACCCCAGAAAUUUAUCAACACAAAACAUAUUGCUCCACACUGGACACACUAGCUGUACAUACUUGUAUGACUUUCUCUUGCAGAUGAUUGAGGUGUGGCAAUGUUGGAGCCCACAUCUUGUAAAACACAUUGUAUCUGUAAUCAAACCAGGACAAUACUGACAGAUAUCCACUCUGAAAAAUGUCAGGCAUUAAUAAAGUAAAUAAAUGUGAAAUAAAGAUCAAACCUUGUCGAGCUGAUAAAUGAACGUGUGACCUUUCUCGAGGCAAAAUUCUCUGGCCAAGCUGUAAUACAGUUUUCCAUUGAGAUUUGGUAUAUAUCAGAACAAUUUCCUAAAUGACUUGUGCCCUUUGAUCAAUAUACAUUACCCUAUAGCUGAUGACAAUUCAUCUGUAUUUCCUAAUGCUUCAAAUAUAUGAUCUUCCUUUGGUCUCCUUUCUCCCGUAAAUGUGCUUGAGAAACCUUUAGAGACAACAGAAUAAAAUAUGUCAUUCUUUGUUCGCAUCAAACUGUUUUGGAAGAUGAUUUAUUGAUAAGAAAUAUUAAAAAAGAACCUUUGUCCCCA